CGAUUCUUAGGACAAGUGUGAACUAACUUUAUGCCAGAGAAACACACCAAAUCUACAGAAUCCAACCCCAUGCAUCUAUUUGAUCAUUGCAUUCAUAAGUGGCAUUUAAGCGAUUUUAAACUUUUACGUGUGUAUACUUACGUACAGAAGACGUGACAGUACAAAGGAGCUCUUAAAAGGGAUACGUACUUCCUACUUGAAAUACUAAAGGAAUUAAGACACUGAUGAAAAACAUGCAGUCCAGGAACAGAUUUUUUCACACUAUAUAAUACAUCAUCUGGCAAUAUAAUUAUGCCAUUUCUUGUUUGACUACCUGAAGGGAAGGUUGGCGUCUUUCUUAUCGACAUUACGAGAGAAAAUUGUUACGCGAGGUACAAGUUAAACCAUACAAUAAUGGCAUUUGAAAUGACAAUUGGAAACUCCGUUUUGACAUUCGUUUUUUUCCUCACGUUUGUCCUGCCAACAUCAUCGCAAUCAUGUAAUAUCUGUCAAUCCGCGUUUUUUGAUGAACUGAAAAUAAAAUCAGAUGCCGCUACGCUACUCUGUUCGCCAAACAAGGCAACCUAUAUAAAGUUGCCUCUUGGUAAGAGUUGUUGUGAAUCGCUGACAACAGAGUUGGAAAAAAGUUGGUACAUGCAGUUACAACAAACUAUGCCCAGCAAUACGGAACAAGCAAUGUCCCAGUGCAAAGUCGAUGAUUAUCACAAGACAGAGCACGGUUGACUACGCAAUAAGCCAGGGAGCUCCUCAGAUGAACGAAGUCACGAUGUGUUUCUGGGUAAAGACCAAGCAAGUGACGGGAUAUCCACAUUACAUUUCUUACGCAGUCCAAGGAGCAACAAACCAGAUAUACGUCACGACGUAUAAAUAUCUAAGACUAAGCAUUUGGCACCACAACUCAAAUUUGGGUAAUUCACUAUCUUUAAGCUCACACAAUAUCACGAUUAACGAUGGACUCUGGCACCACAUUUGCAUAACUUGGCAAGCCAAUGGUGGUCGAUAUUCAUUUUUCAAAGAUGGAAAUGAAGUUGGCAAUGGCACAAUCCCAGGCAGUGUUGGAAAGACAAUUCCAGGCCAAGGCACAUGGGUGCUGGGUCAAGACCAGGACAGUGUUGGAGGUGGGUUUCAACGUCACCAAUCUGCCACUGGAGAAUUCAGCGGAGUCAAUGUUUGGGAUAAAGUUUUGUCUUCUUUCGAGAUUGUGAAAAUGUCCAGAAAUUGCAAAGCCGGUGGACCCGCUGGUAAUGUAAAGACCUGGGCUGAUUUUCUGUCUGGAAUCAAAGGAAAUGCUAAUAUUGAAAAAGCAACUUGCUGUCAGUGAUAUUCUAAUGCUUAAUUGCAACUUAUAAUCAUUCUUAGUGUUAGUAUUUUGAUGUCAUAUAUAUAAUCCGUGUAACUAAGCAAGCAUGCAGCUGAAAUUGAUCAAAUCUGUAUUGCUCGAUAAUUAUUAUGUAGCCAUCUGUAUGGAAGGCCAUUUGAUUCAUCCAUGCAGCAUUGAGUCGUCAUUAAAAUUAGGUUUAAAAAUUGAAGUCAUUGAUGUCAUGUAUGUUUUAU